CAAAGGAAAUAAUUAUGUCAGGUAUCAAAUACCCACACAUUAGGCGUGAUGAAAGCAAUUUUAAUUCAUACCAUGGUCAGAAAGUUUUAGACCCAUAUUUUUGGCUGGAGGAUUCUGAUUCGGAGGAGACGAAAAAGUUUGUUGAAGAUCAAAACUCGAUCACAGCAGAAUAUCUCAAUGAUUGCGAGGUGAAAUCUAAAUUAUAUGACAGGUUAAAAGAGCUUUGGGAUUACCCAAAAUAUGGCUGCCCUUUCAAGAGAGGAUCAAGAUACUUUUACUUUUACAAUUCUGGCUUGCAGAAUCAGAGUGUUAUGUAUGUUCAAGAAAGUUGGAGUGCAGAGGCAAAGGUAUUUCUUGAUCCAAAUGAAAUCGCACCUGAUGGCACCAUUUCAAUCCAAGGCUAUGAAUUCUCAAUAGAUUCAAAUUGUUUUGCGUAUGGAUUGAGCCAAAAUGGAUCUGACUGGUACAAAAUAAAGUUUAAAGAUGUUUCCACUAAAGAAGAUCUGCCUGAUGUCCUUGAAAACGUAAAGUUUUCCUGCAUGUCAUGGACGCAUGAUAACAAAGGUUUAUUUUAUAAUAGAUAUCCAAAAAUAGAGGGAAAGCAAGAUGGAACAGAGACAUCAAGCAAUAAGAACCAGAAACUCUACUACCAUCGAAUGGGAACCGAUCAAUCAGAGGACAUAUUGUGCGCGGAGCUACCAGAGAACCCCGAUUGGCUACUUGGUGCAGAAGUGAGUGAAGAUGGCAGAUAUGUGUUGUUUUCAGUGCGAAAUGGCUACUAUCCAGUGAAUAAGCUUUACUAUGUUGAUCUUGAAACACUGGGUUAUGAAAUCAAAGAUCGUCUGCCUUGCGUAAAACUCAUCGAUAAUUUUGAUGCCGAGUAUGUGUACAUUGCUAACAACGGCACUAUGUUUACUUUCAAAACGAACUUGAAUGCACCAAAAUACAAGGUUAUCAACAUUGACUUUGCAAAGCCCGAAAUGGAGAGCUGGAAAACUCUGAUUGAGGAAGAUGAAAAGGAUGUAAUUGAGUGGGUUGGCUGUGUAAACAAAGACAAGCUGGUGGUGUGCACGCUCCAUGAUAUCAAGAACAAACUAUUUAUUCAUAGCCUCGUCGACGGAACGAGGCUAUGCCAACUGCCGCUGGAUGCUGGUGCUGUUAUUGGCUACUCGGGACAAAGGAAUCAGACGGAGAUAUUUUACAAGUUCACUUCUUUUUUGGCACCUGGUACAAUCUUUCAUUGGGAUCUAAGUGAUGAAUCUUCAGAACCGAAGGUUUUUCGAGAGAUCGAAGUGAAGGGCUUCAAUGCAUCGGAUUACGAAACUGAACAGGUUUUUGUUGAAAGCAAAGAUGGCACAAAAGUCCCGGUUUUUAUCAUGCACAAAAAGGGAAUUUUUCUAGAUGGCAAUAACCCAUGCUUGCUAUAUGGCUACGGCGGUCUCAACUUUCCGAUAAUGCCCGAAUUUAGCAUCAAGCGGCUGAUUUUCAUUCAACAUCUUGGUGGCGUGCUGGCCAUUGCCAACAUACGAGGCGGCACGGAAUACGGCGAGGAUUGGCAUCGCGCUGGAACGUGCGAACGAAAACAAAAUGUGUUUGACGAUUUCCAGGUGGCUGCUGAGUAUCUUGUCAAAAACAAGUACACAUCUAGUGAGAAGUUGGCAAUUGAGGGUCGUUCCAACGGUGGUUUACUUGUGGCUGCAUGCGCAAACCAACGCCCAGAGCUAUAUAAAUGCGUCUUGUGUCAUGUUGGACUUCUGGACAUGUUAAAGUUCCAUAAGUUUACGAUCGGACAUAUCUGGGUAACAGAGUUUGGUUGUGCUGAUAAAGAAAACGAAUUUGAAUAUCUUAUUAACUAUUCACCACUUCACAAUAUCCGCAAACCUGAGCAAGAGAAUUCCCAGUAUCCUGCUAUGCUACUCUUAACCGCUGACCACGACGACACAGUUGUGCCGUUGCAUUCAUUCAAGUUUAUUUCUGAACUCCAGCAUGUAAUGGGCUCGGCAGAAAACCAGACCAAUCCUUUGUUGAUAAGAAUCGAAAUGAAAGCAGGUCACGGGGAAGGCAAACCGACUGCCAUGCUCAUCGAGGAAGCGGCCGAUUCAUAUGCAUUUUUGGCAAAGAAUAUCGGGGCUGUUUGGAAGAACUAGGGUGCAACUACGCUGUCUAGGCCUGGUGAAGGGGGCGGCCAAACUGGCAUUUGAUUAGUUAGGGGGGAACAGAAUCAAUGGGUGGUGCAUUAGCUAAAUCGGCAUGAUUUUUUAGGUAGAGAAAUUUUUUAAAAUAUGUGAGUUUUAAUGUUUAUCAAAAGUACGCUAUGACAAUUCUAGGUUUCUGUUCAUAUCUCUCUUUUGUGUUAACCAGAAAUGAAGUCGUAAAAUUUUAACAAGGGGGGCUCUAUAAAAUUUCUAAGUUGCUCUUGUCAUGUAAUGUAAUAAUUGCAAUUUGAAUAUGGUGAGGUUUGAUGUUUUCUCGAACAUUGGUUGAGCAGCCAGGUACAUUGACUGUGUUGAGUGGCAGCUGGGAUGUGAGCUUCGAUACUGUGGGAAGAGUAGGCCGGGGGAGGGGGGUCUUUUAUUGCAAGUGAAGAGGCAAAACGUUUAUAUUGCUCAUGGGUUCAAGAAAAUCCGCCACCAUGGUUGGCGGCGAGAAAAAUUUCGAAAUAUGGCAUUCUAAGAACGGCAAGAAAUGCAUCUAAAAUAUUUAUGGCAUCGAUAAGGAAGCAUCGAUAACUUUUUUUUAAUAAUAAUGACCCAUUGGUUGAUUUUUGAAUUGAAACACUUCCUCUCGUGUUAACAAAACAGAGGCGAUUUAUCAGCUAAUGAACUGUGCUACUAAAAAUGUCAUGCAGAACUGUUAUUCAGUGGACUUUGAAAUUAUUCUUAUAUUCUUAUUUAGUUUGCAGAUAUAGAAAGAUCAAUUUUGAAAUAAAUACAACUUUGAGAACAGCAAAGCCUAAAAUUAUCCAAAAAGUAUCCAGUGUUGAACAAAUUUGUAUUGUUUUUAUGAAAAAGGGUGUAGUGCAUAGAAUGUUAAAACUAGACAGGAUAGAGUCAAAUAAUAGCACCGUUUGUUGAUUCAGGCAUUUCUAAAUGCAAUAAAAAACCAACUGUCUAUAUAAAACUAUCUAUUCAUAAAGUUACGAACAGAGACCAAAAUACAGAGGUUUCAUGGGGAGAGAACCAAUAAACAUGCGGCGAUAUCUCUGCCAUUUCGUAACACACUUGCCUGAUUUUGCACAUUUAGAGGUAUUUCAUGAUACUUUCUCAGAUUAUGGGAUCCAAAUUAAUUAUGAGAGCUAUUUUAUACGUUCGUUGUAAAAUUCGCAUCUCAUGUUUCUACAAGCCCCUACCCUCCACUCCCCCCU